AUGGCUAACGAAAGUGCAAAAUAUUCUAUCAAUAAGGAUGACUUAUUACUUAUUAUUUUAGGUGUGUUUAUUCCACCUGUACCAGUCAUCAUUAGAAAGGGUUUCUGUAGUAAGGAUUCCCUAUUAAACAUUCUACUAUUUAUGAUUCUGUUUUUCCCAGCCACGAUCCAUUCCUUUUACAUCGUUUACGAAUCUAGUAGGGAACGUGACUUGGAAAGAAAUAACACAACUUCUACUGUUGAUGGUAGAACGCUAAGAGAGGACCAAGUUCCAUUAAAUAAUGGUGACUUCAAUGUCGAUUUGGAGAGAGAUGCUCAAGAUAUACAAGAAAAUUCUUCUUCUUUACCUAAAUAUGAUGAAAUCUCUCACGAUAACAACCCUAACACUGGCGAUAACAAAGUUCAACACUAG